AUGGCAGGGAGAACUCCCGUCUGGUUGGACGUUGACACGGGCCACGAUGACGUCUUCGCCAUCCUCCUCGCAGCCAGACAUCCCAACCUGGACCUCCUCGGCAUCAGCUCAUCCUACGGCAACGCAGAACAAAAGUACACAACCAACAACACAAGCGCCGUCCUCAGCGCCGUAGGCCGUCCCGACAUCAAAGUCUACCCAGGCGCCACGAAACCUUUCUGUCGGGAGUUCAUCGGGCCACCAGAAAUCCAUGGCGAUACCGGACUCGCGGGUACGAGUUUGCUUCCCCAGCCUGUGUCCAAUAUUGUGCGCGAUGUGAACUUUCUCGUCGCCGCACGGGAUGCGAUCAUGGCGCAACCGGCGCGAACGGCGUGGUUCGUGGUGACGGGGCCGUGUACGAAUGCCGCACUGCUGUUUGCGGCUUUCCCUGAAGUUGUGGAUCAUCUAGCUGGACUCAGCAUCAUGGGCGGAGCCGUGGGAGGCGACUUCUGCCCUCAGGUCUCAAAGGAAUUCGGAAAAACGCUCGGGCAGAGCGAAGGAUUCGGCAACGAGACGCCCUGGGCCGAGUUCAACAUCUACUGUGAUCCAGAAGCGGCCCACGCCAUCUUCUCGAACCCGAAGCUGGCGGCGAAGACGACUUUGGUCACUCUGGAUCUCACGCAUCAGUGCUUGGCGACGAAAGAUGUGCGAGCGCGAAUUCUGGGCCCGGGGGAGCCGAGUCCGCUGCGAGGGUUCCUUCAUGAGAUUCUGCAUUUCUUCGCGCAGAGCUAUGUCGAGUGGUUUGAUGUGCAUGAAGGCCCUCCGCUGCACGAUCCGCUCGCUGUUGCUGCGCUGUUCGGGUACGAUUCGGGCAUAUUUGAAGAGGAUGGCGAUAGAUAUGGGAUUCAAGUUGUGACGGAUGGAGCACAUAGCGCGCUCGACUCCGUGAGAGGGCAGGUGGGAAGGACGGUAUUGACAAAACUUGAUGCUCGCUCAGAUGGGCUUGCUGCUGGCGUUAGGGUGCCACGCAAGUUACACACCAAUUCAUUUUGGGAUGUCCUUGAAAAGUGUGCAGAGAUUGCGGACAAGGGUCCACAACCUGUCUCUACAUAG